AAACGAACAUCGAUCGGUUAUGUUGCCAUUUGUGGCUUUUUAAUUGUAGGAACAUGCUCUUUCUUCUCUCUGAAGAAAGGUGAUGUUAACGAAAUGCAGUCACACGCCCACAGUCAGCUGAGGCAUCACAUUCAGCAGCCUUUAUUCAAGCUGACAAACUCACUUUCUCAAUCUCAAACUCAUUCAACAACAGCCUCGCAAUUUGUGAGCCCAACUGUCAACAAAUCUCCGUAUCAUGGACAUCAAUUAAAUAUCCGACCUGUGAACUCACCCUCUAACAGCUAUUUUCGCCCAAAAUCACCAAGACAGAAGGAAAAAGAGGCAGACAAAGCGGAAAAAGACAGGACGCAAUCAGCUGAACGAAUUCAUUCCCUUCACACCCGUCUCCAUCAAGAAGCAGAAAAAAUCAGGAAAUGGAAAACGUCCACAGAGAUAGAAAUUAAAGAAAAGGAGAAAAAGUUGUUGGAAGCUGUUCAAACCAUCGAUUCUCAGAGGAAGUCAAUUCUUGAUUUACAGUUUCAAAAUGAAAGCCUCAGUUCAAAACUUCAGGAAGAGCUUGCAAAUAGGGAGGAAGUGGAACACAAAAUCGUUUCUACCAGAGAUUUGUGCAAUGUAUUGAAAGAUCACGCUGCAAAGGUGGAGGAAAAUAUUCUUAAAGGAGAAGCUGAUCGUGACGAACUCAGAUUUGAAGAUGAAAAGCGUGUUGAGCAAUUUCAGGAAAUGGUCAUUAAGUUCCAGGAUCUACAAAUCGAACACACAGCAAAAUUAAAUGAAAUGAAAACUAAACUUAAUGGGCAGAGACAAGAGCACGAAGACUUCGUCAUGGAAUAUACAGAAAAACUCCAGAAAGCAGAAAAUCAGAUACUGCUCCUCGAAACUGACAAGAAAACGAAGGAGAACCAAAUUUCCACGAUGGAGGCAGCUUUAGAGAAGAGCAAAGAGGAAUCUACUUCUUUGGAACACGAGCUAGCUCUUUUGCAAGAUAAACUGAAGAAAUUGGAAAGUAUCAUCACCUCGCAACAAGUCCAAAUUCAAAAUACAGAGGACAUGUUGUCUUUCAAUAAGCAAGAGUGCAAGAGAAUCGAAGAAGAGCGAGAAGCCAUCCAAUCACAGUUUGAGGGUGUCCAAAAAGAGAACCAAGAAUUGAAAGAGAGUAAUCUCGAGAUGAAAAAGGAGCAACGGAAAAUAUUGGACGAGCUAGAAAUACAACUUUCUUCUCUGAUAAAGGAAAAGAAAAAACUGGAAGAGGAGCUACAAAAUCUUACCAAAACCAACGAAACGACAACAGAUGAACUGAAAAAUCUACGGGUAAAGUUUGAAGCUCUAACGAGGGAGAAGGAAAAAGCAGAUACUUUAAACGAUCACAUUCUCAAAGAAAAGAAUGAUCUGAUGAAAGCUUGCGCAGACCUGCAGGAGAACUUGUCAAAGGAAGCGGAGAGGGUAUCAUCGAAAGGAGAUUUGUUGCGGCAGUCAAAAGAAGAGCUCGGCGAGCUACAGGAGACCAAUUCCUCCUUAAUGAAUGAACUUGAGCGAGUCAACAAAGUUAAACAGGAAUUAGAGGAAAAGAUCUGCAUAUUGACACUUGCCUCCGAAGAGAAGCAGAGGACAAUAGGCGAUCUGGAGGUGAAAUUCUGCAAUGCAAAUUACAAUGUGAAAUACCUAACGGAAAAAGCACAAGAUCUUCAAACAAAGCUUGAAGAUGAGAGGAAAGAAAAAGAGCAGCUCCAAAUUUGCUUAGAAGACUCCAAGGAAUCUGAGAGAAAACUUAGAAAUGAAAUCAGUAUUUUCGAAGGAAAAAACUCAGUACUGGACAAGAGCUUAGCGGAAGCAACAAAAACAGGAGAGGAGUCCAAUAAACUCAUUGAAAAGCUAGAUGGAGAUUUUCAGAAGCUUCAGAAGAAAUACAACAAAAUGAUGAGUGACGGAAGAGUUCAAGAUGAAGAAAGGGCGACAGUUUUAGAGAAAGAAAAAGACAACAAUCGAUAUCUAAAAGAUGACCUGAAAGAACAGACCAAGAAGUUGGAAAUCUUAGAAACAAAGGCAAAAGGUCUCCAGGACCAGCUUACAGCCAAAACUAAACAAACUAAAGAACUGCAGCAAGAAAAUAGGACGAUGAAAAGCAAAGUUACCUCCCAAACCAAAGCUCUCGAAAAGCUAGAAAAUCAGAAAUCAAAGAUAUCCAGUGAACUUGACGCUUCCAAAGAACAGAUUAAAGAUUUUUCAGAAAAGUUGGAGGCUACGAAAAAGGAAAUCAUCAAGAAGUCUGAAACAGCGGAGUAUCUUAAACAACAAGUUCAACAAUUCAAGGAGGAAAAAGAAAAAGCAAUACAAGAUAAAGAAACAGUACAAAAGGAAUCUGAAAAGCAAAUGAAUGAGUUAUGCGCAACAUUGGAAAAGUACAAGCUGGAAAACGAAAAAAUAGUGGCACAAAAGGAGCGAGAGCUGGACCUCUUGCGUGCUAAUGCAGAGAAAGAAUCGCAGGAAAAACAUGAGAAACAACUUAUAGAAGCCAAGAAACAAAUAGAAAAAUUAGAGAGAGAUAUAUGUGAUCUUAAGGAGAAUCAGGAAAAAAACAGGAAAAGAUUAGAGUUCGAAAAAUCUGAAGCAAUCCAAGUUCUGACGAAACAACUAGAAGCAAAGAAUGAAGAUAUUACGCUGCUUCAAGAAAACAUUGGCGAAAAAUACCACAAAUCUACCAGAAGUUCGCGAACCCCAUCUGUAGACGGGAAACUCAAGACGCCAAAACUACCAGAUCAUAACGAGGUGGAAGCGACGCCUCAAGAUUCUGCGGUGGUUCCUGAAACUCCAAAGCAGCCUCGUGGAAUUCUUAAACUAAGCGAAGCCUUUCAGAAAAAGAGGAGGGUAGCUUUCACUACUGCAGGGGAGCAAGAAGAAGGAGACGAGAAAUAUACUUUUAACCUCACCAAGGUCGGAAGAACAAGUCCUGGCCAGGAAAAAGCGAACCAGAGGAACAAACUACGAUCGAAUGUUCGAUUUUCUCCAAAGCCAUUUAGCUCGAACAGUGAGCCCUUGUCCACAAAUUCCCCAUAUCUGGAAACGCAUAAACUCAAACAAAUCCCACGAGGAAAGCCAAUGGCUCCACAAACACAGAAGAAGAUGAAAAUCCAAAGUGAGGAAUCCGAGGAAAUGGCCAAGUUCAAGGAAUUGUUUCCAGAUAUGAAAAGCCCGGAUUCCUUGUACGAUAAGUCUCCGAUGAAGUCUCGUGGGUUGCACCAAGGAAUGAAGCCCCCAUUCAAGAGCAAAAUAACCAAAAUAAAACCACUUGCGCGUAAAAAGAAAGAGAAGCAAGAAAGUAUUGCAUGGUUUGACUCCGACGCACUAUUUGGGUUUGGAAUGGAUGACGAAUAGUUGUAGAAGGCCUGAAAUUGGCCUGAAGAUUUUAAAAACCUUACAAUUUUGUUUUACUGAGUUUGUCGUGGUACUCGUUGUGAACUUCGUACCUUGAAAU